CGAAACCCAGAAGCAGAAGAAGAAAGGGGUCUGCUCCAGCUCGACUUGUUUUGGUCCAGAAAGUUUCCGGAGACUGAGCAGCUGCGCUUCGACAUGGAUGCGGAGAGCUGUGAGUUAUUUCUUGGUCAGGAAAUCGGUCUGGGGGUGACAAGUAGUUGGCAGCUGGAGGCACCGGUGGCCUCUGACAAUCAGAUCUUCCACAGUUCAGAGCUCCCCCUACAGGACUGGAGUGGAGUACCUGAUUGUACGCUGAGCGACAGUGAGUCCCGUGAUGUUCUUCACGGUGUUGACCCAAAUGAGGUGUUUCCCAGCGGCCCGCUGGCGGAGCCUUCGUCAGAGAGUGACAGCGGGCUGUCUGAGGACCAGCCGGUUGAGACCACAGCUGCCACCAUGGUGGUGAGCCAGCCCGCCACUGCCACCGUCUACCAGCUGGUCUACGACAUCAGCGGCCUCGGAUCAGUGAAGGCCGGGCAGCAGAACAUGGACGUCAUCUCAAUACAGCUCGGUGAGGAUGAGUGGAACUCUCAGAUGCUCCUUACAGAUUCCUGUGUGGUGAACGAGCUGGCGCUGGCUCCGGCCGCUCGGGGCGGCGUGUCUCAGUCGUCCGAGGAUCCCUCCAGCUGCGAUCUGACGUUCUCAGAUCUGCAGCUGACGGAGGAGGAGCAGAAGCUGCUGAACCAGGAGGGAGUGUCUUUGCCCAGCAACCUGCCUCUCACCAAGGCAGAAGAACGGAUCCUGAAAAGAGUACGGAGGAAAAUCCGCAACAAGCAGUCGGCUCAGGACAGCCGAAGGAGGAGGAAGGAAUAUAUCGACGGGCUAGAGAGCAGGGCAGCUGCAUGCUCGGCUCAGAACAAGGAGCUUCAGCGCACGGUGGAGACGCUGGAGAAACACAACAUGUCCCUGCUCUCUCAGCUGCGACAACUUCAGUCUCUGAUCAAGCAGACGGUCAGUAAAGGAGCCCAGACGAGCACCUGCCUUCUGAUCAUCCUGGUGUCUCUUGGGUUGAUCAUUCUGCCGAGCUUCAGUCCCUUCAAACGAGACCUGACUGUGGAUGACGACUAUAGACCCACCGGAGUUAUCUCCAGGAACAUCCUGACAGAACCAGCUGGUCCGCAGUCGUCCACAGAGACAACGUCCGACAACGUGGUUGUCCAGUCUAGUUCAUCACCACCUGUUGAUCCAGCGCAGUCGGAUCCUCCAGGUGGCGCUUUGGUCAGUGAAGAACCAGCAGAACACCCUGCUGUACCUGCUGAAGCUGGCAGCCAACCAGUGAACAGCUCCUCUGCAGACACCGAGCAGGCUGAGCGGCUCGUCGUCGGCCUGUCAACAGCAGUGGGGAGUCACGAUCCCGCCAAACCGCCGCAUGCUGACGAGAUGUGACUCUGAUAGAGUCACACGUCACCCUGCAAGUGAUGAACUUGGAGUGGCUCUGGAUCAGCACAUAACGGGUUCUGAUUGGAUCAUCAGAAAGUGGGCGGGAUCUUACUUUCACAGCGUCUGUUGUAGAUGCUUAUGUAAGUGUGAACAUCACAAGAUGACAUGAACCCAACAACAAAACGAUUGUUGAAUUCAUGCAAAUUAAUUUAAAAGGAAUCAAAUUGGAGGUCAAAGGUCAGAUCUCAGUUCUUGAGUUGGUAGGUCUCUGAAGUUUUUCUCUUUUGUGCAAAUGCUUUCUGUUGAGCUGAUCAGACUGUCACGCCACCAAGCUAUUUAUCUUCUAACUAAUGCUCCGGGACACAAUCCUGAAGGACAGUCCGCUUUGCUGGACAAGUCCAGUCUGGGUGAGAAGCAUUAGAGAUGUGGAUUGGCUCUGCCCACUCUGAUAUGGAAGGAAAAAAGAUAAAAGAAGAUGAUGUCAGAGUCGGUGGAGUUGGGUCAUCCACACCCGGAGCAGAGCUGCUGCUCAUCGCUGUGGGAGGCUUCAACUGAACUUUCUCUUGAGACGGUUCUCAGGUCCUUCUGCCUGAGCUGAGGCAUAUGAGAGGAGUCUGAUCGAACUGUGACAGCGAUUUAAAAACGCAACUUGGUAGUGGGAGAAGUAAACGCAUUAACGAGCUUCUGUUGUUCACUUGGUUUUUUACUUUUGUAUCGGGCUCUUGACGAGUCUGUGGCGGAACUGCCGGCAAUUAAAACUGUUUCUUCA